AUGACGGAGCCGACCCGGUUCGAGCCUGUCCGUUCCCCUUCCUCGCCGCGCAUCGGGGUGCUCGCACUUCAGGGAAGCUUCGCUCUGCACACGGCCGUACUACAGCGACUCGGCAUCGAAGCGGUAGAGGUCCGCAGGACUCCGGCCCUCGACGGGCUCGAUGGACUCAUCAUCCCCGGCGGAGAAAGCUCGACAAUGCUGAAGUUUCUCCUCGAGGAGGAUCUCUUCGAACCCCUCAGAACCUUCCAUCAGCGGGGAGGCGCACUCUAUGGGACCUGCGCCGGAACCAUUCUCCUGGCCCGCGCCGUCCAGAAUCCGGCGCAGCAGUCGCUUGCACUGCUUGACAUCGAGAUCCAGCGCAACGGUUACGGCCGGCAGUUGGAGAGCCACCUCGGGGCGACGCCCUGCCCCGAGCUGGGUGAGCCGGACCUGCCUCUGGUCAUGAUCCGCGCCCCAAUCAUCAGCGCCACCGGUGCGGAUGUGCACGUGCUCGCGAAAUGGCGCGGGCAGCCGGCUUUCGUCCGCGAAGGGCGGGUGCUGGCGACAACCUUUCAUCCGGAACUGACGACCGAUACGCGCAUCCAUGCCUAUUUCCUGGAAGUUGCGGCCUGUAUCCGGUAA